ACGUUUGCAGUCAAUACUAAAGGCGGCCGCGGCAGCAUCAAAACUUGAAACGUGUGAGAACGAAACACAGCAAAACGGUAAAAGGGCUUUAGCUGAGCGCAAGCUGAGCGGAGCGCGCCUUUGAGCCAAGCUAAGCUGCGCUUUUUGUUUUUGGGUGUGCCGCGGCAGUGUGACGAGAACGCGUGAGCAGCCAACACGUAAACGACGCGUUGUGCGCUGCGCCAACAAUAAAAAUCAGUUAAAAAUACACAAGCAACAACAGCAGCAGCAGCAGCAGCAGCAGCAGCGGCAGUGGCAGCGGCAGCAACUCAAGUGUGAAUUGUUAUUGAGGUUAUGUAAGCGGCAAAAGCGAACUAACAAAACGCAAAAACAAAACGUAUUCGCUCUGCGAGCCAAAACACGUUCAAUUACAACAAUUUCAGACACGCGUCAGCCUCGCGCAUUCGCACAUUCCUUAAAAUUAUAUAAAAACCUAAUGGAGCACGAGGCCAAAGCGCAGGCGCAGGCGCAGGCGCAGACGUCGACAGCGACUGCGACUGUGACGCCAGAUCAUCCGCUGCAAGAUGUGCCGCUAGAUGGCAGCAGCAGCGAUUUGGCUGCAGGCGAUGACGUACAGCUGACGCCCAAAAAUUGGGUUAAAUUCGACGACGAGACGGACAGCAGUGAGAAAAAUAAUAACAGUAACAGUAAAACUGGCGACGGCAGUGCCGCACAGCAGCAGCAGCAGCAACAACAAAACAAGUUGGCGCUGCCGCCACCGCCACCAUCUGUGGUCAGCAGCAACAACAAGAGACGCGCGCGCUCGCGCAGUCCCAACGAGCAGGCUUCGGCAGCAGCAGCAGCUCCAUCACCUGUGCAGCGUGCUGCAGUUUCCUCCACAACAGCUGGCGCAACGUUGUCGGAUGUGACGCCGGCUGUUUUGACAACUGAGAGCACCCACGUUAAUCUGAAUGCAUCCGGUAGUGGCAGCAGUCCCCCUCGCCACCCCCAGCAGCUAAUAAACCAAAAAGCAACUGCAGCCUCGGCCGCCGCCUCGGCCGCAACAACGUCGACCUCGGCCUCGUCCUCGACAGCAGCUGCAGCGACCGCUACUCAUCCAAAUGGCAGUGGCAUCAGCAACAACAACAACAACAACAAUACCAGCGGGAAUGCCAGUGGCAAGAGCGUCUCCAUACCAGUGGAUCAGGCCUCUGGUAUGCGCACAAUUGAAUUGUCAACGGGCCGCAUCCGUGAGGGUUUCGCUAAUGGAGAUGUGAUUGUCACACUUCUGCCGGCCAACACGAAAUGGCCUUGGAUAACCCCGGCCAUAUUUCGUCCGGAGCUGGUGCCCGAGGAGUUGAUGGCACAGGGUUUGACGCUCACUGUGGAGGACUAUGUGAAUGCAAUGGAGACGCUGGUCAAUGACUAUCGCUUCACAGUGUACAACAUUUGCUAUAAGCGCAUCCUCGUCUGCUGGAUACUGUUUGCCUUCGCUGUGCUGCUCGCGCUGCUCUUCUCUGGGCUGCAGGGCGUGGCACUCUUUGCCCUGGGCGUCGGCUGGCUGUUCCUCAAUGCGGCGGCCAUAUUUCUGUGCAUGUGGAUGAAGCUGCGGCUGUCGCGCGGCCUGGAGAAGUGUCUGGCACGCGUGAAUAAGCAACUAAUGCGGCACAAGAUUUUGCUCGUGCUGGACGAUCGGGGCCGCAUCUCCUGUCACAAGGUCAACUUGUGCUUUAUGUACUUUGACGCGACGCAGUGUGUGAGCUUUUUAAACGAGUUUCUGGAGCACACGGAGCAGAAUGGCGGCGAGGCCAUUAAGGCGGGCUGGGAGGCCAAGCUGGACAUUGAUGUCAAUGAUAUUGUCAUACAGGGUAGUCAGCCGGUGCGUCUAUCCCGCAAACAGGAGCGCGGCCUGCAGCUGUUCCUGCGCUACGGCUCCCGCUGGGGCAUGGAGGCGCUGCGCGGCCUGGUCGAUGUAACGCCGCUGGAACCGGGCCGGCAUUGCGGCCAAUUUCAGUGUCCUUGCCAGUACAUUAAGGAGCAUUUACAGUGCAAACCGCGAGUUGCCAUAAACAGCAUGGGCCAGGUAGUUUGGACACGUUUUACCCUCUUUGGUGGCAAUUAUGCAUAAUUAAAAAAAAACUCAGUAAUAUGCGUAGACAAAAAUUAAACAAUUACUAAGCCUUUUCGAUUUUAUCAAAUUUAAAUUUAAAUUCAAAACAAAAAGAAUUUCUAUACGAAUUUACGUUUUUGGAAAAGCAAAAUUGUGUUUGUUUUUUUUUUUUUUUUUUCUGUAUUUAGCCUUGUGUUUGUCUAUUGUGAACUUAAACUGUAUGCAUUUAUUCUGGUG